GCCAUCUCUCCUGCUCCACCUAGCACAGCUCUAUGACUCACGGGUGUUAGGGCACCGUGCUUAGGGCAGUGACAGGACUGUCAGCAGCCUGAGAGUAUGGCCACUAAGUCAACUCAGGACUCCCUACCCCGAGGCACAGGGGAGCUCUCAGCACUGCCUGUACAAGGGAGGGCGGAGGGAAGGAGCAGGGAAGGACGGAAGGAACGCACUGCUAAGUGAGCUCUGCGUGGCAAGCAGGCUUCGGAGCCUGCUCUUCGCAAGAGGAACUUUCUGCCUGGCCCAAACAGUGACACUGUGAGGCCUGCUGCAGAGACUGAGCUGGUGCCCUGCAGCCUCAGACACCCACGGCAGGACCUGUGUGGAGAGCACCCAUCCUUCCCAGUCAUGCAGCCUAGCCUAGAGACACAAGCAAAGCCAGAACGAGACAGGGCAGUGCUCAUACCCCCCAAAGGACCAUGGCCCCCUGCACAGGGUCUAGCCAUGAGGGCCCACUGCCCAACAGCUCCUCCUCCAAAAGCAUAUUGCAGAGGCGGCAGCAGCUCCACCAGCAGGAAUCAGGUUGCCAGGUUAGCCUAUGGAACACAAAACACUGCUGCUUCCCAGCCACAUCAACCAGGAGGAAGAGGGAAAGAGGAUACAGCUGAAUAUGGAAGCUGCAGCCCCACAAGUUUGGCUAUGUGA